AUGGAGAUGUUCAUGGGAACCCUGGGCUGCUUCUCAAUGGGGUUCCUGUUAUCAGCCUCCGUCCUGGCCCUCUGGCUGCCUCAAGGUAUCCAGGCAGCUCUCCGCAUCCAGAAGAUUCCAGAGCAGCCUCAAAAGAACCAGAACCUCUUCCUGUCCGUCCAGGGUGUCCCCGGCACCUUUCAAGACGUCAUCUGGUACCUGGGCGAGGAGGCUGAUGGAGGCACGAGGCUGUUCUCCUACAUCCCCGGGCUCCCGCGGCCCCAGAGGGAUGGUAACGCUAUGGGUCAGCGAGACAUCGUUGGCUUCUCCAACGGUUCCAUGCUGCUGAGGCGUGCCCAGCCUUCAGACAGCGGCACCUACCAAGUCGCCAUCACCGUCAACCCCGACUGGACCAUGAGGGCCAAGACCACAGUCCGGGUGGCCGAGAAGCAGGAGGACCCGCCCGCCCCUGCAGCCGCACACCUGCCCGUGAACACCGGCAUCGUGGUGGCCGCCACCGUGGGGCCUCUGGCCGCCUUGGCCCUGCUCAUCAGCGGCAUGGUCUGCCUCCUGGUUCUGAGGGGCCGCAGGGGACAGAACUCCAGGGUGACGGCCACAGGAAAGCCAGAGCUGAGCGCCCAUCCUGACACUGGUGACAACAUCUAUGAAGUGAUGCCACCUCCAGUCACCCUGGUGUCCCCCCAUAGUGGCGUGGAGCCCAUGACCUCAGCGACGCCCCCCACCUUGCCCACACGCCUGCAGCCAGAGCCGGAGAAUCAGCACUACCAGGACUUGCUGCACCCUGACCCUGCCCCUUACUGCCAGCUGGCACCCACGUCCUCUUGA